GCGAGGUGGCGCCAUCGGCGGGACCGUGAAAAUCGGGGUGGAUCAAUCACGGGUCCGGGUCCGCGUUUUUGCCUUCCCCCUCCACUGCGUACCUUUGGGUGAUAGUGUCCUGCCAGGUGGACUGGUGUGGUCGCGGACGCGUGUGAGCGGAGGACGUGUAAUGUCGGUGAGAUUCGUUGCUUGAGCUGAGGGCAAGGCAGCGAUGGCGGUAGAUCGCAGAUACCGGUGAGGGUAUGGCUGUGAUGGUCGCCGAUCUGCUUGCUUUGAUUGACUGGAUCUUCUCCGUAGAGCUGUCGUCUCUUGCGAGGUUGAUUCCAUUUUGUUCCACGUCGUCGACUCAGCAAGGCUACACUCAGUAGGUCGGAGGGCAUACAGCGAGUUCAAGAGGCGGGUGACGUCAUUGUUCACGUGCCAAGGGCCAAUCGUCGGCAAUUACCAUCCUCGUCAGCAUUAUCAUCAUCAUUACCAAUAUCAUUAUAACGGUCGGAAGCUGGUGGUGUUGGCAUUAAAGCGAACUAUUGAUAGAGGGACGGAAUAGGAAAUUGUAAGCACGAGUAAUAGAAUACCAUAAGAAGUAUAUAAUAUAUAAGGAGAAGGAAGAAGAGAUGGAGGGCGGCGGAGUGACGGCUUCAACGGGCGUGGCCGGCGCACCGUCGGAGGAGACUCUCCGUAAUUACAUGCAGUGUUUUCUGCAGACACUAGCGUCCAAUCCCGAACCAAGGAGGCAAGCGGAGGCUUUCCUCAAGAAUGCAUCCUUGCAGCCUGGUUAUGGGACAAUCGUGUUAAGCCUGCUAACCUGCGAUUUCGUGAAUGCGGAGAUCCGGCAAGCUGCCGCCGUGAAUUUCAAGAACUACAUCAAGGCUCGAUGGGCGCCGGCUACUGAGGGAGGAGAAGGAGGUGCUGUUCCCAUCCAGGAUGCUGAGAAGGAACAGAUCAAAUCCGCGAUAACUCAACUGAUGCUAAACACGCCGCCGUUGAUUCAGGCACAAUUGAGUGAGGCGCUUUCGAUCAUCAGUAAUGAGGACUUCCCGGAUCGGUGGCAGAGCUUGCUCCCUGAUCUUGUCUCUCAACUGAACUCUUCAGAUCCCGCUGUCAUCAAUGGCGUUCUUCAGACCGCCAACUCCAUCUUCAAGCGGUUCCGCUAUCAAGUGGACACGCCGGAGCUGGCUCGUCAGCUCAAGUACGUGCUAGACUUAUUCACGGCGCCGAUGCUGGCACUGUUUAAGAGAGUGGGGGAGUUGAUUGCCGUGGGAGGGGCGUCGAUGGAUCCCGCGACUCUUAAGAAGCUGCUGGAGUCUCAGCGUUUGAUCUGCCGUAUUUUCUUCUCGCUCAAUUGGCUGACGCUUCCGGAGGUGUUCGAGGAUCACCUAGAUGAGUGGAUGUCAGAGUUCCGCAAGUACUUGGUGUAUGACGACAAUGGCGCCUUGGCUGCGUCAGGCGGCGGGGGAGGCGCAGCAGCAGCAGCAGGGGAUCGUGGGGGGGAAAGCGUGCUUGAUCGGUUGAAGGCGGCGAUCUGCGAGAACAUCAAUCUGUACAUGGAGAAGUACGAGGAGGAGUUUCAGCGUUUUCUCCCGACGUUCGUGAGUGAUGUUUGGACGCUUUUGCUCAACGUCGGCACUUCCACUGCGCGUGACGCCAUCGCGACGACGGGGAUCAAGUUUCUGACAACCGUCAGCAGGAGCGUGCACCACGCGUUGUUCCAGGACCCCGAGAUCAUGAAGAAGAUCUGCGAGAACAUCGUGAUUCCGUCCUUGAGAAUCAGGGAGGAAGACGAGGAGUUGUUCGAGAUGAAUCCUACGGAGUAUAUUCAGCGCGACAUCGAGGGCAGCGAUGUCGACACGCGGCGGCGCAUGGCAUGCGAACUCGUCAAGGGUUUGGCGAAGCACUACGAGGGGGAGGUGACUCGUCUCCUCUCCGUUUACGUUGGGGCCAUGCUCGGCGAGUACGCUGCCGAUCCCGCGCGCAAUUGGAAGGCCAAGGACUGCGCGAUUUACUUGAUUGUGGCACUGGCUGUGAAGCAGAAGACGGCGGCUCAAGGCGCCACGCUUGUGAACGCGUUGGUAGAUGUCGCGGAGGUGUUUAGGUCGCACAUCAAGCCGGAGCUAGAGGCCGCCGACGUGAAUGCGUCGCCCAUUCUCAAGGCCGACGCUCUCAAGUUCCUCAUGAUGUUCCGCAGUCAGUUGCCCAAACCCCUCUGUCUGGAGAUGUUCACUCAUCUGACGAGGCACUUGGUGUCGGAAUCGAAUGUGGUCCACUCGUACGCAGCCUGCUGCAUCGAGCGCUUGCUCGUCGUGAAGGAUGUGACACCUGCAGCGGGCGGUGGUAAUCAACCUUCCACGGGGACGACCUCGGUGCCAAGGUUUGGACCGGCCGACGUCGCUCCGAUCGUCCAACCCGUGCUGAGCAACCUGUUCACCGCGUUGACUUUGCCCGAUUCCAAUGAGAACAUGUAUGUGAUGAAGUGUAUCAUGCGCGUGUCGUCCAUCGGGGACAUGAAGCCGUACGCUCUUACGUGCAUUGCGAAGCUGGCGGAGAUCUUGGGGACCGUUCUGAAGAACCCUACGCAACCCGUGUUCAAUCACUACUUGUUCGAGUCCAUGGCUGCGCUCAUCAAGCACGUGGGGACCGUGGGGGAUCCAGCGGCGGUAUCGCAGUGCGAGGCGCUGCUCUUCCCCGUCUUCCAGUCGGUGCUGGAGCAGGACGUGGCGGAAUUCGCCCCCUACGUUUUCCAGAUCUUGGCGCAGCUGAUCGAGAUGCGCAGCGUGCCGCUCCCGCAGGCGUACAUGGCCCUCUUCGCUCCGCUGCUGAGCCCCGUUCUCUGGGAGAGACCCGCCAAUGUAGAGGCGCUUGUCCGGCUACUGCAAGCCUACUUGCAGAAGGCCCCCAACGAAAUCAUUCAGGGCAAUCAGCUCCCGGCGGUUCUGGGCGUGUUCCAAAAGCUCCUCUCCUCCAAGCAGACAGAUCACCACGGACUCUUCAUCCUCAACACCAUCGUCGAGAACCUCUCUCUAGACGUAAUACAGCAGCACAUGGCGGCGAUCUGGAGCAUGUUGUUCUACCGCCUGCAGAACUCACGGACUGUCAAACUCGUCAAGUCCAUCAUCAUCUUCAUGUCGCUCUUCGUGGUGAAGAACGGUCCGAUCUCGCUUGUCAACGGUAUCAACGCCGUGCAGCCCGGGCUCUUCGAUGGCUUGCUACGGUCCAUCUGGAUCGCGAGUCUGCCGUCUAUCUCUGGUAAGGUGGAGACGAAGCUGGCUUCGGUGGCGAUGACCAGGCUGAUGUGUGAAGUGCCUGCGCUCCUCGACGACGGCUCGUUGGGCCUUUGGGCGUCGAUGCUGGAUGCGACGGUGACGGUUUUGCAAAAGUCAGACGAAGAGAAGGAAGCGGGCACGCCGGUCGAUGAGGAAGAUCUAGAGGAGAGAGGUGGGUACACGGUCGCCUACGCCAAGCUUUAUCACGCCAGCAAGGCUUUCGAAGAUCCGGUACCGGAUGUCCGUGAUGGCAAGCAGUUUCUGGCGACGUCGUUGGCUAGGCUCUCGGCAUCCAGGCCAGGCAGGAUACCUGGUGUCAUUCAACAGUCUGUCCCGACGCCAAACAGAGAGGGUCUGCAGGAGUUGUUCAGGGCGGCGAACGUCACGCUCGUCUAGUCUUUUCCCUAGUGCAGGUUUUUGAUGUUGGCGUAAUCAUUCAUCAUUUGAUGUAAUAGCCCUAAUUGAACAGUCUGUCCCGGCGUCAAAUCAAACAGAGGUGGGGGGUCUGCAGGAGUCAGUUAGUUCAGGGCGGCGAAUGUCCCGCUCGUUUAGUCUCUUUUUCCUAGUGCAGGUUUUUGACGUUGGCGUAAUCAUUCAUUCAUUCGAUGUGUAGUAGCGCUAAAUCAACAGUCUGUCCCGGCGCCAAACAGAGGGAAUCUGCAGGAGUUUGUUCAGGGCGGCGAAUCUCACGCUUGUUUAGUCUCUUUUUCAUAGUGCAGGUUUGAUGUUGGCUUAAUCAUAUUGAUCUGAUAGGCGUGAUUCAGUUGUAGUAGACGAGUAGUCGGUCGGGACGCUCUUUAUCGUCGCUGCUCAUUGGUAUCUCGGCAGCAAAACGUUGAGGGGUAUGACUUCGGUAAAGGUUAUGUAGUGGAUGGAAUGAGUCUGUUAGGUUAGGGUUAUGAUGGGCAAAAGCGCAUCGGGGAGCAGUAGUUGCCCUUGGGCCUCGCCACACCACUCUUGAAAUGUGAAAAGGACAAAAAUGUGGCGGAUGCAUCUGGCCUUGUUCUAGCGGGAAGUUCAUUCUCAUUUUGCACAUUUCAAGAGUGGUGUGGCGAUGCCCCUUGUUUGCCGGAAGUAAGUAGGUCUGACUAAACAUACGGUUAGAACGAAGAGAGAGAGAGAGAGAGAGAGAGAGAGAGAGAGAGAGAGAGAGAGAGAGAGAGAGGGGGAGGGAAGCAGGUAGGUUCAGGUUCGACUAAGGUGUGUCGCGGAGGCUCCGCUGAUGUUGAUGUUGAUCGCGUCAUACUUCGCGCGCCAGGAUGACUAUGGACGACGCUUUUGUAGAAAGAGGAUGCGGAAUAGAGAAGAGGCUUCGGGGAUCACCAUGCUUAGUUUAGGCCGUUACAAUUGGGGAUGUGUAUGCAUCGGAGACAGCGGAAGAAGGUAAAAUAGAGAGGAAAUCACAAAAUAGCGCGACAGAAUGAAGGCCGAUCUGAAGUUUCACGUGUUUUAUUAAGAGUAAUGUGCCAUGCUAACGAUAUGGAGGAUUGAUUGAUGAAGCCAGCGUAGGGUUGUUAUGUAGGACUACUCUGGAACCAGGUACAAAAGACAUUGCGAGGGGUAUAUUAUGAUUUGUGUCUAUUGAAGUGGGGAGAGAGAGAGAGAGAGAGAGAGAGAGAGAGAGAGAGAGAGAGAGAGAGAGAGAGGAUGCGGGAAGAAAAAGAUGGUGUAAUUCUGUCGAUGUGGGUAUGGGCAGAAGGGAGUGAAAAUGAGGGGAGGGGAGGGCGGCGUGAAGUGGGGAGAGAGAGAGAGAGAGAGAGAGAGAGAGAGAGUUGGUGAUGUGGGAAGAAAGAUGGUGUAAAUCUGUCGAUGGGGGUAUGAGCAGAAGGGAGAGAAAAAGAGUGGCUUGCUGUACGUUUGUCGACGGAGAAUUGGCUUGUGUUCGAGAGGAAGGAAAGGAAUUGAUCAAUGUGAUUGCCCGCGUUAUGUGCUAGUCGCUGACGAUAUUAAUGUGUGUGUGUGCCACAUGCGCUGGUCUAGGGAGGUUGGCAUCUGUGUGGAGUUUGCGACACGAUUGGCGGGAAAGGCAGGACGGGUUGGAUGGGUUGAGUGGAAGAUGAGGGGGCAAGGAGAAGGAAAGUGGGUUAGCCUUAAGAGGAGAGUAAAAGGGAGUGUAUCGCGGAGAUGGGUCGAAGCCCGACCGGGGGAGCGGCUAAGUGUGUCAUGGGCUUGGGAGGUGUUGGGAGGGAGGGGGCUGGUCGAGCAGAAUCGCGUCUCGUUGCUUGCUCGUGAGGCCUUUACCGUACAGCCACAUUGGGGUGGUGAUCGAUCAGCCAUUGGGUUAGGGUUGUGAGGAGCCACAUUUCGGUAUGACAUGCUCAUACUUGGACACUGUGGCAUGAAUCUCGUCGUAAUUACGUGGCAGAUUCGUCCAGGAAAGUCCAAUUAUGAGUAUGUACCCCCAGGUACGUGAUCUUUCUCUUAUCUUGGGCCUGGUCGCUUGUGAUCGGUUCACUACCUAUGUGCGCAGACACAUUCUGUCCUCUCCCUCUCCCUUAUAUCAGAGAAUGUGUCAGCAGCCUUAUAUGCUCUAUAUGCGUAUGCGUCGUUCUUGUACUUGUGUCGGUAACCGGCAGUUGGCGGGCAAUGAUUCGCGGGGAAUCCUCAACAGGGCGGUGCGCGGGGGAGAGAGGAGAGGUCGUUCCCCGAAGUCGGUGAUCGUUUGCUGUGCCGAGUUUGUUGCAGAUUUUUCUGCUCCAUUUGGUCUCGGUAUGAUUUUUUUAAGAACGUUUUAUGUGACUGAAGUGGUUGACUACUUUCGAGAAUCUGAGAUUCUGCACUCGGCGGCAAUAUCGCCGUG